AUGCCAAUGCUCAAUCUGCCUACUUUGACAGCGAAGCCGCCCAUUGGUCGAAGCGAAUAUGGCCGCGUCAAAGUGGCGUUGUUGCCUGGCAAGGGUCUCAUGGAUUGGGUACGACUAGCGUCUGGCAAGGUACUUGCCAAAAAGAGGAUGUCCGUGGAUCACGACGAGCUUAUGAAACACAACAAAAGGGAUGACUGCUGGGUACACAUCUUUGGGCAGGUUUAUGACGUCACCUCAUACUUGGAAUUUCACCCUGGAGGGAUACCAGAGCUGAUGCGGGCCGCAGGCACUGAUGCCACUGAUCUUUUUAAUCAGUAUCAUGCAUGGGUUAAUUAUGAGAACAUGUUGAAAUCAUGUCUUGUCGGACGAUUCACGGGAGAUCUCUCCAAAUUACCGCAGCCUGGUCCGACCACAAUUGAACAACCGCAGUCUAUUUCAGCGCAGUUGAAUGCUAUGAUUAUGAAAGGGAAGCAAAAAGAUGAAGCAGAAACAUAUGGAAUAAGUAUUGCCAAGGAUUCGAGGACAUUGAAAAUUAGUUCGGACAAGUGGAAUUCGUCUAAUCUUCGGCUGGGAAAUGUGAUUGUUAAUAUCUCCAGCAGCAAAAAUAGUAUACGAGUUGUAGUCAGAACUGUUGCACAAUCUAUCGAAGUAAAAUGGGAUGACGUUGCUCUAAAUUCUGCAAACUGUGCAUACGAAGUCCUUGUGAGGAAUGGAAGUAUCCUGCUCACUUUCGAGGCAUUAGACGUAGCAGCAGUUCUCGCAACAGCGAAUCAAUCCAUCAGGCAGUCACCUCCAUCGAAGGUAUAUCGUCCAUAUACGCCUGUCAGUUAUGGGUCGUUACCAGAAGAUCCUGAAGAGCCGGAGCGUGCAAUAUACACAGGAGCGGUGAAGAUCACCUUUCUAAUAAAAAUUUACGAGCAAGGGAUCUGCACACCUUCUCUAGGGGCGUUGAGCGUUGGUGACACGAUUGCGGUCAGUGAACCUAUAGGAAACAUUGAUUUAUCGGCAUGGAUUAGCACACAGAACUGCUUGCUCAUGUUAGCAGCAGGCACGGGUUUGACGCCUAUGGUUAAUGUACUUAGAGCACGGUUAAAGAAAAUGGCCAAUGAAAGCAUGCAGAAGAGUAACACGAGAUUACUGUUAUUUAACAAAACAGAAAACGAUAUAGUUAACGAUGACUGGUUACCAAUGAGAUGGUCAGAUGAAAGAAUUACGGUGGAACAUAUUCUCAGUAAUCCAUCUCAAGAAUGGAAAGGGCGUACGGGAAGAAUAAACGCUGGAAUGUUGCCGGCGGCUCAGGAAUCAUUACGGGUAUUAAUAUGUGGGCCAGAAGGAUUCAAUGCAACUGCACACAAGCUGUUACUUGAUGCCGGCUACAAGAACGAAAAUAUUCACAUUUUUCAAGGCUAG